AGAACAACGGGUUCUUGUUUCUUUAAUUCCACAAAACCUUAAUUCAUCAACACAUAUUUCCCCACACUCUCUAUCCAUUGUCCAAAACCAUGGAGAAUCUAAGCAACUAUGCUUUACUGAUAAUUCCAUUUCUUUUCUUGGUCAUAUUGAAACAAUAUUUAUCUCAUCAACCCCAGAACUCUCCUCCAAGCCCACGAGCUCUCCCACUCAUUGGCCAUCUUCACCUCAUCAAGAGCUCCCUCUACCUAUCACUAACCUCACUAUCAUCCCAAUAUGGUCCAAUCCUUUCCCUCCAACUCGGCUACAAAUCGGUAGUUGUCGUUUCAUCUCCACCCGCCAUCGAAGAAUGCUUCACUAAAAACGACAUAGUCUUUGCCAACCGGCCUAAAUCUGUGGCCGGGGACCGGCUAACGUACAACUAUGCUGCCUUUGCGUGGUCGCCUUACGGCCAUUUCUGGAGGACCCUUCGCCGAUUGUCUGUUGUUGAGCUGUUCUCUUCACACAGCCUGCACAAUUCUGCCAAGAUUAGGGAACAAGAAAUAUAUGUUCUGCUUCGUGUGUUGCAGAGAGUAUGCAAGACUGGGGGGCGGAGAGUUGAUUUGCAUUACUUGGUUUCUGCUUAUAGUUUUAAUCACAUGAUGAGAGCUGUUGCUGGGAAACGGUGUGUUGGAGAGGAGGAUGUUGCGAGUGAAGUGGGGAAGGAAGCUGUGAAACGAAUUCGGGGGACCUUUUUCACCAGUCUUUCAUUAGGGAUCUGUGAUUUCUUUCCGGUUUUGAGGUGGAUUGGGUACAAAGGGGUGGAGAAGAAUUUGAAGUUGUUGCACAAGAAGAGGGACGAGUUCUUGCAGAGUUUGAUUGAUGAGUCUCGAGGGAGAAACGAUGUUUCCAGGGAGAAAAAGGAACGCGUUUUGAUUGAAACUCUGCUGUCUCUUCAAGCAUCAGAACCUGAAUUCUACACCGACGAUGUGAUCAAAAGUAUUGUGCUGAUACUGUUUAUAGCUGGAACAGAGACCUCGGCUGUGACGAUCGAAUGGGCCAUGUCGCUCUUGCUAACACAUCCAGAGGAACUGCACAAACUAAAACAAGAGAUUGACAACCACAUAGGACAUGAUCAUCUGAUAAACGAUGCUGACCUCGCCAAGCUACCUUAUCUUCGUUGUAUUAUUAAUGAGACUCUACGUCUGUACCCACCUGUGCCACUCCUUCUACCUCACUAUUCGUCGGAAAAAUGCACGGUGGGGGGAUAUGAUGUUCCAAAAGGCACAAUCCUGAUGGUGAACGCAUGGGCGAUGCACCGGGACCCUAACAUUUGGGAGGAACCUGACAAGUUCAAUCCAAGGAGAUUCCAGGCUAUGGAAAUGGAACGAGAAGCCUGGAAAUUUGUACCAUUUGGAAUGGGGAGACGGGCGUGCCCUGGAGCUGCAAUGGGACUGCGAACGAUAUCAUUGGCGUUGGGUGCUUUUGUUCAGUGUUUUGAAUGGGAAAAGCUGUUGGAACAUGAGGACAUGGAUGCUAAUUAUAAUUCCAGGAUUAUGUUGCAGAAGGGCAAGCCCCUGGAGGCUGUUUGUGUUCCCAGAGAUCCAGCUGCUGAUCUUUUGUCACGAAUUUGAUGCAUUGUAAGAUUUAGCUUUGUCUGUGUUGCUAUUGCUAAGGUUUCAUGAUGUAAGUUGCAGUUCCUAUGGAAGAUGUAAUGCUGUUUCAGUUUCAGAUGUUAACUAGUAGAGGCUAGAGACAAUACACGUAUAUCAAUAUCUUUGUUUCAAUGUAAGAAACAGAACUUCAAUCCAGUUUGAAAUCAGAAUCUAAUAAAAUACCCAGAUUAAACUA